UUGGUGUACUCGGUUAUAAAUAAGCUGUAGCCGUGCAAACAACUCCUAGCAUUUUGUAAUUGGUUUCUUCCUGUGCAGAUUAUGUUAGAAGAAGCUACCGAUGGCCGAACCAGUGCGUAGAGAAUUAAGGAUUUCUCAUCCUCCUCUGGAGCCCAUCGUUCGUGAUGGCAAAAUCCGUGAGCAAAUCGAGCUGGAAAGCAAGGGCCGCCGGGAGUAUCGGAAAAAGUGGGGCUACAUCACGCAACCGGCCACGACCGAGUUCUACGACCUGAAGCGCAACAAUCAGAAGCUGCGCGAGAUACAGCAGGCCCGCAACCAGAACGUUAGCCUGCGCGAGUACGAUGGCCACGGGGAGUCGUUUUUCGUCUCGAAGCAGAUGUUCAAAACGCUGCUCGAUACGUGCCGGUGUGGCCGGAAGCGUACCAACACCCACGCGCUCAAGUGUUUGCAAAAGCCGAAAAACACGUACGAAAAGACGGACGACGAGGAGGAGGACGAGGAGCUGGAGAAGCAGCGCAAGCAGCGUAAGCAGCAGCUCGAAGGGCGCAGAGCGAAGAACGGUUCCGGUGGAAGUGCACGCGAGGGAGAGGAGGAUGUGGAAACCGUCAGCAGCUACAUACCGAAGGUGCCAACGUUGAGCUCAGGUAUGUACGGUUGGCCCCAAAACCGUUUUGUAGCGAUGGAAAAAACGACUUACUAUGUAUCACCACGCUACACCAUGCCCGGACACCCGAUCGUCGACAGCCAUCCGUACAAUAACAUCAUUCUUGGGUAGAUUACUCUUAACAAAUGCACCAUUAAAUCCACUGCACACACACAAGCACAUAAUAAAAUCGUUCAACACACACGUAAUUACGAUUUAGCAUUAAUUUUAUUCCGCAAUAAACGUA